AUGGGUCUGACGGCCCACAUGUACUGCCAGAACGGCGUCAACGAGAAGCUUAAGAAGGCGCCCAAGGCGGCGCCGUCCGACGGCCGGCGGCGCCUCUCCGCGCCCGCGGCCGACGCCCCGCCGGCGGGCGCGCCGGCGCCCGCGGCCGCGGAACCCGCGGCGCCGAAGAAGGAGGUGAUCCUCGUCCUCGAAGGCGCGGCGCCCGCGGAGCGGCUGCGGCUCAAGGUCGCGAUCCCCGCGACCUGGGCGGGCAAGCCCGCGGCGAAGCUCGCGCAGACGCUCGCGAAGCACGCGGCCGCGAAGCGGCCCGGCACGGCCGUCGACGCGGCGUCGCUCGCCAUGGUCCGCGACAGCGGCGACGCGCUCCGCGGCGACGCGCCCCUGGACCUCGUCGAGCACGGCGAGACGAUCAC